CCGCCCGGCCAGCGGGCAGUGGCGCUUCUGGGGCAGCAGUCGGCCGGCUGCCGGGCGCGGGACGGCCCCGCCCCUCUCGGCCACCAAGUCGCUCUCACCGUGACUGGGCGCGGCGCGGCGCGAGGCGGGCGCUGCCGGUGAGUCCCACUUCCCGGUAGCCGCGCUCGGCCAGCGACUGGGCGGGGAGGUGGAGGAUGGCAGUGAGCUCACCGGCCAUUGCCCUCUGUCUUGCCAGCGCCAGCAGCCCUGUGGCGGCGCCCACGAUGGACCCGGAGCCAGUGGGCCGUGUGGAAGGAGGAGAAGUCUCAGCGUCGGGAGCUGCGGCCGCUGCGCCAUUCAGGGAACCGCCGCGGCAGAUGAGUAACGAGAGAGGCUUUGACAAUGUAGAACUGGGAAUCAUAGGAAAAAAGAAGAAAGUCCCAAGGAGAGUCAUCCACUUUGUUAGUGGUGAAACAAUGGAAGAAUACAGCACAGAUGAAGAUGAAGUCGAUGGCCUGGAGAAGAAAGAUGUUUUGCCAACUGUUGAUCCUACAAAACUUACCUGGGGUCCCUAUUUAUGGUUUUACAUGCUUCGGGCUGCCACAUCAACCCUCUCAGUGUGUGACUUUCUUGGAGAGAAGAUUGCAUCUGUUUUGGGCAUCAGCACCCCAAAAUACCAAUAUGCCAUUGAUGAAUAUUACCGGAUGAAGAAGGAGGAAGAAGAGGAAGAGGAAGAAAACAGGAUGUCUGAAGAAGCAGAAAGACGGUAUCAGCAGAAUAAACUACAGACUGAUUCCAUUGUUCAGACAGAUCAACCAGAAACAAUGAACGUGUGGCAAGACAGAACAACUGUUAAGCUAGAACCAGUCAAAGAAAAGCCAUCAUGAAGACCAUGGCCUUUGGGCUAUUUCGCUUACAUCAUGAUUUGUUUUCAAUUUGCAACUUCUUAGAACAUUUCUAGGUUUCAAAAUUAAACAGAGGGUAGGGGUCAACAAAAGGCACUGAAAAGCAUUUGAAAAACCAGCAAUUGAAAGCAGAGAUCAAGAAUGCAUACAGGAGUCAGAAGACCACUAAACAGGAUAAUGUAGCAGACUAGUGAAAUUCAAUAAAAGAGCAAACCAGUCCCUUAAA